CUUCUUCUUCAUUGCUAGAAUGAAAGCACAGACGCCACAGGUGGAUUGUUCAGGCCCUACUUAUGCCCCUAACAGCACAUAUCACUCAAAUCUCAAUCGCUUACUCUCAAAUCUUUCCUCAAACGCCAGUCGUAGCGAUGGCUUUUACAACACCACCGUCGGACAAAAUGGCGACGCUGUCUACGGCCUCUACCUCUGCCGCGGAGACACCGCCGUCUCCGCCUGUCAAGCAUGUGUUUCCCAGGCAACCAAAGAUAUCAGGCAAUGCCUCAAUUAUACACGAGCCGUGGGUUGGUACGAAAAGUGCACGUUACGAUACUCCGACGCCGAUUUCUUCUCCAUAGAGCAAGAUGACCCCACUCGCGUCCUCUACAACAACGGCAAUGCAGCAGACCCCAAAAGCUUCAUGCAACUGGUGAUUGAUACCAUGAAUGUGGUGGCGAAAGAAGCGGCGUACGGCGGCAGCGGGAGCAAGAAAUAUGCGACGAGAGAACAAAACUACAGUUCUUUUCAAACUCUGUAUACUAUGGCGCAGUGCACGCCGGAUAUAUCUAGAGAUGACUGUUAUAACUGUUUGAGAAGAACAAUCGGAGAGUAUCCGAAUUGCUGUUUUGGGAGGUUAGGGGCCAUAGCUCGCGCCUACAGUUGCAACGUAAGGUAUGAAUUGUACCCCUUUUACGGAGUGAUUUCGUCGCUUCCUUCCCCUCGUGUGCCAGAGUCAGCCUUCGCUUCCAAUGAUAAAAGCAAGAUUUCGGCAGUGGCAAUGAUUGCCAUAGUGGUUCAGUCGGCAAUAUUCAUAUUGCAAGUCUCGCUCUGCUUCUUGUGCCUUAGAUGGUGGAGAGCCAGGAAGAAUGCUUCACUUCCUAAAACUGCUGAGAUUUCAGAGUCACUACAUUUUGAUUUGGAUAGCAUCAAAACAGCAACAAACGACUUCUGCCCCGACAAUAAACUUGGUCAAGGAGGAUAUGGGGAGGUGUACAAGGGCAUUUUACCAGGUGGACAAGAGUUAGCUGUGAAGAGAUUAUCAAAUAGUUCCAAACAAGGUGUACUAGAAUUUAAGAAUGAAGUAGUUACCAUGGCAAAGCUUCAACAUAGAAAUCUCGUCAGGUUUCUCGGAUUUUGUUUAGAAGAGGAAGAAAAGAUACUCGUUUAUGAAUAUUUGUCCAACAAAAGCUUGGAUAAUUUUUUGUUUGAGGCAGAAAACAAAGGUAAAUUGAAUUGGUCAAAUCGAUACAAUAUUAUUGAAGGGAUUGCGAGGGGGAUAAGUUAUCUUCAUGAAGAUUCUCAACUCAAAAUUAUACACCGCGAUCUCAAAUCUAGUAAUGUAUUGUUGGAUGAAGAUUUGAAUCCAAAAAUAUCUGAUUUUGGAAUGGCUAGAAUUUUCCAAGCUGAUCAAACCCAUGCCGACACAAGUAAAGUUGUUGGUACAUUCGGUUACAUUGCUCCUGAAUAUGCAAUGCAUGGUCAUAUUUCAGUCAAAUCUGAUAUAUAUAGUUUUGGCAUCCUAAUCCUGGAGAUCAUCAGCGGCAAGAAGAAUACAUCUUUCUAUGCGUCAAAUUAUGCUGAAAACCUCGCAACCUAUGCCUGGAAACUCUGGAGGGAAGGAACACCAUUGGAAUUGCUGGAUCCUAGUCUAAGAAAUUCAUGUCCAGGAAAUGAAGUUAUUAAAUGCAUUCAUAUAAGCUUGUUGUGUAUCCAGGAAAGUCCAGCUCUGAGACCAACGAUACAAUUUAUUAUGGUGAUGCUAGGUAGUCACUCCGUCACCCUGCCAGAUCCUCAGCAGCCAGCUUUUUUGUUUAAUUGCCAUAGAACAGAUUCAAACAAUCAGGCAAGCUUUGAGAACAGCUCGGAUCAAUCUACAGGCAGGUCUAUGCAAAGAUCUGUGGAUGAAGAUCCAAUUUCUGACAUGUAUCCUCGUUAGUACUACCUAACUACUCAACUUAACUAGUAUUGUGUUGAUGUUGUAUCAAGAAUUAAAGCACGUUAUUUGUGUAUUUUUCCCUUCUAAGAGGAGGAUUAAUGUUGUGUGGUUUGUAUUCAAAUUUCAAAAUCUUCGAACCCAAA